AUGUCUUUCCGGACCCUCAUGGCCAUUGCCGCCGAGUAUGACCUCGAGCUUGAUCAGAUGGAUGCCGUCAACGCAUUCGUCAAUUGCCCUCUUGAAGAAGAAGAAGUCGUCUUUAUGAGGAUGCCGCCAGGCUUCCAGAAACCAGGAAGCAUCUCACAGACUCCCUCGAAGAGCUGGGGUUCAAGAAAGUCCCUCAAGAACCCUGUGUGA